AUGGCGUGCCCGUCGCCGCAGCCGAUCUCCGAUCGCCCUGGCGCGCUGGCUCGCGACGCUGCCCCUGACCCUUCACUAUAUAAAGCCCGCCGGUUGCGCCUACAACGGCCGCCGGCGCGCGCGAGCCAUGGCGCUGCUGGUGAGUAUACAGUCUUCUCUCUCUCCUCUGUCCUCUCGCCUGCUGACCCGUCGCUGCAGAACCAGACCGACCCCAAUAUCGGCUCUGCGCGCGGCGACAGCCAGUCGCCCGCCUCGUCGACCCUCAGCGACCUGGGCGUCCCCGUCUCGACCUCCGCCGCCGCCUUGCUCACCACCUUCGUGCCCGCCUUCGCCAUUGCCGUGUGCUGGUUCGGCCUCUUCCUCGUCGGCCGCCGCUCGCAGCAGCGCUUCUACGCCCCCAAGGCCACCCUGCGCAAUCUGCACGACCAUGAGCGAGCCCCUGAGCUGCCCUCUGGCUUCUUCAACUGGAUCGGCGUCUUCGGCCGUCUGCCCGACAGCCAUGUCCUGCGCCAUGCUUCCCUCGACGGCUACUUCUUCGUGCGCUUUCUCAAGACCAUGGCCCGCAUCUGCCUCAUCGGCUGUGCUAUCACCUGGCCCAUCCUGUUCCCCAUCCACCUAGCUGGGGGUGCGGGCAACCGGCAGCUUGAUGCCCUGAGCUUCAGCAAUGUCAGGAACCCCACGUGGUACUACGCCCAUGCCGUCGCGGCCUGCCUGUUCUUCAGCUUCGUCUUCUGCACCAUCACCCGCGAGAGCAUUCUGUAUGCGACCCUACGCCAGGCCUAUCUGCUUUCCCCCUUGCAUGCCAAUCGGAUAUCCUCCCGCACCGUCCUCUUCUUGGCGGUCCCGCAGUCGUAUCUCUGCAAGAAGCGACUGUCGAAAAUCUUUGGCGAUUCUGUGCGGCGCAUUUGGAUCACCACCGACUGCGCCGAUCUCCAGAAGUUGGUCAAAAAGCGAGACCGUCUGGCCUACCGCCUCGAGGAAGUCGAGACCACCUACAUCAAAAAGGUCCACGCCGCGUGUUUGAAAUCCGCCACCCUCGGCCCUGCCCAGCCGGGCUCGUCGGCCGGCUCGUCGCCCAUCGAGUGCGAGGCCAAAUUUGCGCCCUUCCCAUUGGCUCUUCCCGUCCAGCGCCCCUACCAUCGGCUUGGCUUUUUCUUCGGCAAAUCGGUCGACACUAUUGAGUGGCUCCGCGCCCAGCUCCAGGAGGUCAUCCCUCAAGUCGAGGCGCUGCAGAAGCGCCAUCGAGAUGGAGACGCAAAGGCCGUCUCUGCCGUUUUCAUCGAGUUUAACUCUCAGAUGGACGCGCAAAUUGCCUUUCAGACUCUGUCCCACCACCAUCCCUUCCGGAUGACGCCACGCUUCAUCGGUAUUUCACCAAGCCAAGUCAUUUGGCCGACGCUGCAGUACUCCUGGUGGCAGCGAAUUGUCCGAAAAUUCCUCAUUCAGGGCUUCAUUGCCGUCUUGAUCAUUUUCUGGUCCGUUCCAUCGGCCUUCGUGGGGUCCAUCUCCAACAUCACCUACCUGACGAAUCUUUUGCCGUUUCUCAAAUUCGUCAACCGCCUGCCAAGUAUUGUGAAAGGUGCCAUUAGUGGCGUGUUGCCCACCAUCGCCUUGGCAGCCUUGAUGUCUCUUGUGCCUAUCAUCCUGAGAUGGUGCGGACGACAAUCAGGCCUCCCAUCCGCUGCCAGCGUGGAGUUAUUCACUCAAAAUGCCCAUUUUGUUUUCCAGGUUGUGCAGGUCUUCCUCGUCACAACCUUAACCUCUGCCGCUUCCGCUGCGACCAGUCAAAUCAUAAAAAACCCGCUGUCCGCAAAGGAUCUUCUCGCAGAAAACCUGCCCAAAGCCUCCAAUUUUUACAUUUCAUAUUUUCUGUUUCAGGGGCUGAUAUUAAGUUCUAGCGCUGUCAUUCAGGUUCUUACCUUUCUAGUUUUUAAACUCUUACGCAUUCUCUUUGAUAGAACGCCAAGGAAACUAUACCAACGUUGGGCAUCGCUCACUGGAUUAUCAUGGGGUACAGUUUUUCCGGUCUUUACAAAUAUGGCUGUAAUUGCCAUCACAUACUCCUGCAUUGCUCCGCUUAUUCUCGGGUUCUCUUCGCUGGGCCUGUAUCUUGUAUACCAGGCCUACCGAUACAACCUUCUCUUUGUGUACGAUGCGACGGUUGACACCAAGGGCCUCAUCUACCCUCGAGCGCUGAAACAGGUGCUCACAGGUAUAUAUUUGGCCGAAAUUUGCCUCAUAGGUCUCUUUGCAAUCCGUGGCGCAAUUGGGCCGCUGGCUAUCAUGGCCGUUUUCACACUCCUAACCGUGCUCUCGCACAUCUCGUUGAAUGAUGCGCUCAGGCCAUUGCUAUCUGCUCUUCCUAGAACGCUAGACAAUGAAGAUGCGGUCAAGGAGGAAAUCCUUGGCGAUCUGCAAGAUCAGACACUCACAGUCGAUCCCGAAAAGGGUCGAUCCAGCACGGCCAGCAUCCCUCCUGUCUCUGUCGGCUUUAAGGCGAGAGUCCAUAGACGUCUAAUGAGGCUUGUAACCCGUCUGCUGCACCCAAGCAGCUACGCCGACUACGCGUUGCUGCGUAAGAAGGUUCGGCAGGACCCCGGGAUCGUCUACGACCAGAUGAUCGACGACAACGCGUAUUAUCCGCCGCCAGUCGUAAGCCCGACGCCGUUGUUGUGGAUUCCGCGAGACCGGGCGGGGUACAGUCGCCAGGAGAUCGCACUGGCAAGCGGCGUAAUUCGCAUGACGGACGAGGAGGCGCAUCUGGACGAGAAGAACAAGGUCGUGUGGGACAAGGUGGGCAUGAAGCCACCGAUCUGGAAGGAGAAGGUCUUCUACUGA